UGUUUUUCAGGAAGCAGCGAAGGAGUGUGAGCAGCCCUGCUGGGGGCUGUGCUUGGGAGCACUGCUGCCAAGUAACGUGCUGCACCAUGGGCAGGAGUGUUGUCUGCACCGCUUGGGCCUGUGUGAAGCAAACAAGCUGAGCUGCUGCUAACAAGUUCCCUGAAGACCGCUGGGCUGGAGCUCCGCCUGCGCGCCUCCGGGACCUCCACCUCGGAACCGCCCUCACGCCGUCGCCUCCCUCUGUCUAAUGCGCUACAAGGAUGAGCCCAGCAUUUGGAGCUAUGGAAGUGGAGCACUAUUCCAAGGGAGUCCUGCUCGAGCCCUUUGUCCACCAGGUCGGGGGACACUCCUGUGUCCUCCGGUUUAAUGACAAGACUAUCUGUAAGCCCCUUAUCCAGCGGGAGCACCAGUUCUAUGAGACUCUCCCAACAGAAAUGCGUAAAUUCACUCCGCAAUAUGAGGGCGUGGUGUCAGUGAGCUUUGAAGAGGAUGAAGAUGGAAACUUAUGUCUAAUAGCAUAUCCAUUAAAUGGGGACCACGAUAACUUGGAAAACUUAGAUAAUUCUGACUGUGAACCCAAAAGUAAGCUGUUGCGAUGGACUAACAAAAAGACAGUGUUGUUAGAAAAUGAGAAGCUAUCUAAGGAGUGGGUCCGACAGCACAGGAAAGAGGAAAAAAUGAAAAGUCAUAAGCUAGAGGAAGAGUUUGAGUGGCUGAAGAAAUCUGAAGUUUUGUAUUAUACUGUAGAGAAAAAAGGAAAUAUUAGUUCACAGCUUAAGCAGCAUAAUCCUUGGAGCAUGAAAUGUCACCAGCAGCAGUUACAGCGGAUGAAGGAAAAUGCAAAACACCGAAAUCAGUACAAAUUCAUUUUGCUGGAAAACCUGACAUCUCGCUAUGAAGUACCGUGUGUGCUGGACCUCAAAAUGGGAACCCGGCAGCAUGGAGAUGAUGCAUCAGAGGAGAAGAAGGCGAACCAAAUCCGUAAAUGUCAGCAGAGCACAUCAGCUGUUAUUGGAGUCAGAGUUUGUGGCAUGCAGGUGUACCAGGCAGGCACUGGCCAGCUGAUGUUCAUGAAUAAGUACCAUGGGAGAAAGCUCUCAGUCCAAGGAUUUAAAGAAGCACUUUACCAGUUCUUUCAUAACGGCAAAUACCUGCGCAGGGAACUCUUUGAAUCUGUUAUUAAAAAACUGACUGAACUCAAGUCUGUCCUGGAGAAGCAGGAGUCCUACCGCUUCUAUUCGAGCUCCCUGCUGAUCAUCUACGACGGGAAGGAAAGGCAGGAAGUUGCUGUCGACUCGGACCCGGAGGACUUGGAGGACCUUUCAGAGGAGUCUUCGGAUGAGUCGGCAGGAGCGUAUGCCUACAAACCCACUGCUAGUACUGUUGAUGUCCGUAUGAUAGACUUUGCCCACACCACCUGCAAGUACUAUGGGGAAGAUAGCGUGGUGCAUGAGGGCCAAGACACGGGUUACGUUUUUGGACUUCAGAAUUUAAUAGAUAUUAUUAAAGAAAUAAGAGACGAAAAUAGCGAAUAAACAGUGUGAAUGCACAUCAGUAGAAAGCGCACUGUCGUGACUCUGUAUUCCAAAAUUAUUGGCCACUUUCUGGUGGUAGGAAUCCUUACAGGCUCUGCAGGGAUGCUCCUGUCAGAGUCAGACUUGUUCAGAGGGCAUUUACUUAUAUUGGUGCUGGACCUAGCACUGGCAAAACUUAGUAUCCUUAUUUAUUUUAACUUUCUUAAACAUUCCAUAUUUGAUUACUCAGAUACCUCUGUUAUCCCUGUGUGUAUACGUUCCAAUAAAAUUCUUUUUGUUCAUUGUAA